UUCCAUGUUCAUGGUUGCGCUUGCCGUGUCUGGUGUGUUUGCCUUUAUAAUUAACACAAAUCAAAGACCAGUUUAUCAGCUUUAAUUAGAAUUGUGUGUGAUGUGAGGGACGGUUUUUUUUCGCUUAGUUUGCCGAAUUCAAGUGAUGUGUGGUAAAAUUAGAACCGAUCUGUGAGGUUAUUGGCGUCUGGAGUAGAUCACAAUGGCAUCUCACGUCUUAAGCGUCUGUGUCUUUUGCCUCAUCUGCGCCACCCAUUCCCCCUGUGGUUCUCACGCAGCUGUGGCCCACGAAAACCCCCAAAUCAACCUCCAACACGACUCCAUUCUCCUCAAACGUGAAAAAUUCAAAGAGAAAGAACCCUGGGAGAACAGUGUUUUAACCAUAAGUGACGAUAAACACGUUAUUAAUAAAAGACACAGUGAUGACAAUGAUAUUAAAAAUAAAGACUUUUAUUUAAAAAAACUUUUCGAUAAAUACGGUGACGGCAAAACAAUAACAUUGGAAGGUUUCCGAAAUUUGUUGGAACACGUUUUCGAAAUACAGACAAUUACGCAUCAAGAGGCUUCCAGGGGUGACACCAACGACACGUGUGUCGUCAAUAACGCACUAAUCUCAUUAAAAAAUUCAUCAAAUUCGAGCGAAACGUUCAAUUCGUCGACAAUAGAAGCAGCAUGCCCGGCCCUCCUCUACUCGAUGAUUUCCGGAAGCUGCGAACCGGAAACGAAACAAAACACGGCCCAGCCAAUGACAAUCACGGUAACGACGUGGUUGUACUCAAUGUGUGCCGUUUUCGUGAUCAGCACUUGCGGGGUUCUUUCCCUUUUGAUAAUCCCCGUGAUGCAGAAAAAAUUCUACAAACCACUUUUACAAUUUCUGGUAGCUUUAGCCGUCGGCACUCUUGCCGGAGACGCCCUUCUGCACCUUUUGCCCCACGCUAUGAGUGGCCACCACCACGACCACGGCGAAAGCCACGAAAAUAUGUGGAAAGGCUUCGUUGCGAUGCUCGGCCUUAUACUGUUUUUCGUGAUGGAAAGGUUCAUUCCCUUGGUUCAUAGGUGGCGCAAGGGCAAGCCGAGCAAAGGGCAUUCCCAUGUCAAAGUCUUAAAUAGUAAAUUAGAUAUAAAUAAAACGGGCGAUACGCAAUGUAUGGAUAGGUAUAAUGCGUAUCCGAGGUGCUACAAGGACAUUGUUGAUGAUCCGAAUACGACUUUUAUGGAAGCUGGGGAGACAUCAAAUGUGCUCGAAGAGCUGCUUAAUAGUCGCAAAAAGAAGGUUACUAAACAGCAAGCGGCCAAGGGCGACUCGUCCGAAACCGCGAUAUCCAAAGACUGCGAGAACGGUGAAACCAACCAGAACCUAACCGAGUGUCCCAACGACCUCAACACCUCGAACAACUGCACCGAAAUCAACAAGAUGCUCCCACACAUCGAAAUGGCUCCUCACGAGGAACCCGAGGCCGAUUACACCGUUAUUAUAACCGAGCACGGGGCUGUCCACCAUGGCCACUCCCAUCUCCAUGGGCACGUCCAUGCCGCCCCCCAGAACUUCUCGUCGGUUGCAUGGAUGGUGAUUAUGGGUGAUGGUCUCCACAACUUCACUGAUGGUAUGGCGAUAGGGGCUGCGUUUUCGGGGAGUGCCGCUGGGGGGUUUUCCACCGCCGUGGCUGUCUUCUGCCACGAGUUGCCCCAUGAGGUGGGCGACUUCGCCAUGCUGCUCAAGGCCGGCAUGAGUAUCAAACAGGCGCUGUUUUAUAACAUUAUUUCAAGCAUCUUGUGCGUGUUGGGGAAUUUGCUGGGAGUUUAUUUAGGGAAUACGGAAGUUGCCAGUUCUUGGGUGUUCGCAGUGGCGGCUGGAACGUUUAUUUAUAUUGCGCUGGUGGAUAUGAUACCAGAGUUGAGCUCGGCACAUGAAGAUGAAGGGAAUUUGAUUCAGUGCAUAUUGCAUUUGAGUGGGCUGUUAUUAGGGUUUGGGAUUAUGACGCUGAUUGCGUUGUUUGAACAUGAUCUUAAGAAUAUGUUUAGGGAAUAAUGACUUUAUAAUUCGUUUCUAUUGGCUGUUUUUUAUUUUAUCUGGUUUUUGAUACUGCGUGUUUACUGCAAAGACUUGUUUUUUUUACAAUCAUCCCCCUUCUUCCUUGUGCUGCUACUUAGGUAUUAGUAUUGAUUAAGACUUACCUAUAUUAUGUAAACCCACAUGUAAUGACCAGUAUUGGUACGCAAAACAAUAAAAUUUAUUUAAAUAUGAA